AUGGCAACACAGGAAAGCGACUAUUUCCCACCCCUGGACAGAUGCCUCGCCUCUUACUCACCGACCAUCAUACCAUGGACACAGGCUUACAGGCUACUGAUCGAUCUCCCGACGGCUCUGCGAUCACAAGCCCUCGAGCAAUUCUUCUCCACCCCCGAAGCACUCCAAUGCCUGAUCUCACCCCUCACGCCUUUCCCACGACCUACACCAGCUACCAAAGGACAAUUCGAGACGAGGACGGCGCCAAUCCACGUCAGCCAAGUACAGAAGGGCGAUGGAGGAUGGGAUCUUGACCAGCUGAAGGGCGAUGCGCUGUGGCUAUCGCAACGGGUCCAGAUUGAUGAGGAGGCUGCGUUGCGGAUCGCUAUUGACGAGGCGCAGGGUAGAGAUGCUGAGAGGGUCACGCUCGCGAGAGAGACAUCACCUCAAGCGCUUAUUCAUGACAAUGGUGGAGGGGUAGACCUGGACCAGGAGGACAUGCGGAGAGGGAGGGUGCUGGCGACGUAUCUGGAUGAACGACAAUCCAUUCUGAGCAUUAGCACCGAGCUGGCGACACGACAUGCGGUCGCCAAGGGUGAGGCGACGAAAGCAGAUGAGUGGCUAGUGGAGCUGGCGAAGAAAGUGGCUGCAGGACAGCAGCAGCAGGGCCAGCAAGCUUUCAUCAAAGAUGCGUUGGACGCUGUUCGAGAUUGUACGACCAUGCUGGAUGAUAGCACGAAGCGCCAAGCUGUCUUCAGCCAGGACGAUCGGAAGUCAGACCUAUUUGCCACUGCUACACUACUGCGCAUCACCGAUCUGCUGCGACUUAUCCUGACCCAUCUACACUCCCUCGAAGCUCUACCCGGAUCAGAGAUCGUGCUAGCUUGGUUUAACCUCAUGGCCGAAUGCGCGUUCAUGCAAGGCCUGCAGGGCACAACGGCAAUGCCCAAUGUGGAGCCCCUGCAGUGCUUGGCUGCUUUGGUCUCGCUGACCAUGGUGAAAUUGCCUCUUACUGUGACAAAGGUGACCGUGCUAGCUGAGGCAGCGCCUAAUGUGCAAUACCCUAAGCUGCCGGGCGCAACACCAUACGUGGAUGACAUGGAUACUGUCCGAACACUGAAUCGCAUCCUCUACCGAGCUGCUCAUGACGGCUUAGUCGUCGCGGCACCUGCUGUCUACGCCUGGUCACUCGUCGCGAAAUUGUUCCGGGAUGGCGCCGAGCGAGAGCGAUACAAUCGUGAGCUCAUCGAACGCCAACGGAUCGAAGAGACUGGCGAAAUUGGACCGGAAAUGCCUGAUGCAAUGGUGGAAGAACGCUGGGGCUGGUUCCUAAGUUCAGAUGUCGAGGAGGCGAGAGAGGAUCCCGCGCGAUACUGGGCGAUGGUGGCUGUGGACGACAUGAACGUCUACAGUAUCAUGGCCUCACUACGCAACGUCAUAACAGUCUCCUACGGCGGCGAGCUGGACUACGGCACAGCUCUUAUCGCGCGAUCAGGACUUUACGAUCUCAUCGCCCAGAGCCUCGAUGUCGUAGACUAUGAUGCACCUCUCCUCGACGCCCUCCUAGCAGUCCUGACUCCUGAUUCACCACCGAACGACACCAACUACUUCGCCAGCCUAGCAACAAAAUUUAUGACAAGCGCAGACGAUCGCCUAAAACCCGCCAUCCUCGACCAAGCACUCGCCCGCUACCCAUACGAGCUCUCACCCCUUAUGCGCCUCUGCACCGUCCUCGCCGCAGCAGACGGCCCAUACGCCGCCGGUCGCCCUCUCCUAGUCGAACUCCUGGAUCACCUUGAGACGAUCACUGUCCAAGUCCCUGAACACUUCACCUCUUAUCGUCUCGAGAAUGAAGACGAAGGCACGAAUCGGAUGGUUUUGACCGAGGAUCUCACACUCUUCGCGCCACGAGCGCAGCAGAGUUUUUAUGGCGAACGACAACUUCGUUUCAACCGUGAAGUCGAUGCUGCUGAGCACGAGGGACCAAGGAAUGUACUUCUUAUUCCUGCUGGGAGUCAAGGAAUUGUGAUUAGGGAGGAGAGACCAAUGGUCCUUUCUCUCAGGCACGAGCACAGUGGACUAGAGUACCUUGGCCUUGCACUAGCAUCUCUGACUCCGGGAGCAGAACUCGUGCCUUCGCAUCAAGGCGCCGCGGAUUUCGAUCUAGGCACUGCGGCGGAGAUUAUUAGUCUGAUCAAUUCCCUCCUCUCCUCCGCCAUGAAGAUACAGAAUGGCGCAGAAGAAGCUGCGCACGUGCUUGGACGACUGAGCUAUGCAUUGCAAGAGGAGAAAGAUAUCAUCACCAUCAUUUCGCAGAUCUUCGAGCUGCAAUUGCAGGCGCACAUGUCUCUCCGACCUGCGGUCGGGAGUAGUGAGGUCUGUGUCGCUUGUGCGGAAUUCUUUGCUAUGCUCGUGGACAGCAGUCCUGAGAGGGUGUGGUCGGUGCUCACGCGGAGUAGCCUGCUUGGGCUCGGCAACAGCGGCGUCGGUGGCGUCCCCGCUAUCGGUGCCGUUAUCGAGGCGCAAGCUGCUGCUGGUGGAGGCGCGAGUUUCCUCGCCGCUUGCGCGAAGCUGUAUCAUGCUGUCUUUGACGACGCGGUCGCUGGUUUGGUUAAGCGCCGAGCGAGCGCUGAUUUGAAGUCCGCGAGGAGCGGAUCGAGGUUCGAUUCGGCUUCGCCUGUGGGUAGUCUUGGUGGGACACCGGAACGCACGAUCAGGGUUGUCAUGGAGGGGUUUACGAGGUGUAUGGUUGAGAUCUUGCAGAAUCUGGAGAGUCUGAGAAUUGGUGCAGAUGCAAAAGCGGUGGUGUUGCGGGAGGUUUUGAGGACGUGGGACGAGGUUUUACGGUUUACGCAUGGGCUUGUGGAGGUCGUGGCUUCACAGCAGCAACAGCAGCAGGAAGGACGAGGUGCGGUGGUGAUGGUGAGAAAUGAGAGGCUAUGUGCGCCUCUUUUUGCGGCUGCGGAGGUCGUGCUCAAGGCUUUUACUACCACGGGUGCGGAAGUCAGGAGUCCGGUUCUUGAGACGCUUGUCUCGUGUCUUGAAGAUGGUUUGGCUCUUGGUAACGUCGAUAUCGCUUCCUCGCAACAGGAAGCUCUGAUCUCGCAGACGAGUUGCACGGCUAAUUUCCUGGCGACUGUUCUGCGGACACAGCGGUGUCUGGAACCGAGGCGCGCUUGGAUGCUGGCCAAUCAGUUGGCCAAGCAUAUCUCGACAUUAGCAGCGGCGUUUGUCACGGAUAGUAGAUGGAAGGCUGAGAUGGCUACGUUGUUCGAGGAGAUCGUGAUAUCGCUUGCUUGCACGGACGCGGAUCCCACGGCUCUGCUCGGAGGGCUGAAUCAGUAUACCGCGAAGGCUUUCUUGAGCGUGGUGAAACAGUUUGAUGGUCCGAUCAAGGACUUACACGCCGAAUGUCAGAUCUGGAACUUUUUGACUGCUGCACUGGAAGGACGACAGCAGUGGAUAGGUAUCUUCCUCCUCACCGGCUCCAUGCCACGGACAUCAAGAUUCGAAAGGUCAACCGCCACUUCGUCAACAACCAAAGCCGCCAGCAAGUCGACUCUACUGCACUCCGCCCUCGACCGCCUUUCGGAGAUCAGCCAAGUCAUCCCUACCCUUGCCAAAGCCAUGCUCCACUUCAUCGCCACAGCCCAGAAUCUUUGGCCCUGGGCAACCGUAACCGUACGCUCGCACCCGGACUUCAUGACCAAAACCCUCAAAUGGUUGGACGAGAUCGUCCCACCUACUCCCGCAGCCUCUUCAAGACCAGGCGCUGGCAAUAACGAGGAAGUCAGCGCAAGCGAGUACCAAGCCGCUACCUACCUCUGCGAUAUCUUAGCCGUAGGCCUUCACGCCGGACUCGAGACAGGCGAUCGAUCGGUUCUGAAAGCCCUUGUUCCGAGAUUGGGGUUCUUGACUAGGAGUGGAGUGGGUGUUGAUGCUUAUAAUCGCUCUUUACACCGAAAUCUUGCCGAGAACUUGGGUAGGAAAUUUGGGGGUGUGCAACUUGCUGCGUUCGCGCGCUCCGGGGCGAAUAAGGGACAGCACGGACGGGGUUACUUUUAUGAUCUUGAGCUUGCGGAUCGGGUGUUGGGGUACUCGGCUCUGGCGUGGGAGGGGAACGAGGAUGUUCGGGCGCAGGGUUUCGCUCCGGAGGUUGUGAGGGCGAAUAUGAAUCUUAGCCUUGUUGAUGCGCAACGGAACUUGCUUGGGAGCUGGAAGGUGCUGGCCACGACGUUGAGUGAGUUUGUUGGGUUCGAGGAUGCUGUGCAGGAGCCUUUGAUCAAGAGUGUUAUGGCUGCUGUGGCGGCGAAUGCGAAGACGAGGCUUGACGAGCCGGGGUGUGCGGAGGUGUUGCAGAUGAGGGCUGACAUGGGCUUUGUUGUAUUGUCUAAGUUGGUGGGGAUCAAGUGCGAGAAGGAGGGGAUGAAAAGUCUUCUCACAGGUGAGGUGGUGAAAAAGAGUGAGCGGGAGGUUUUGAGGGAGCCGGGGGUGUGGGACUUGGUUCGACAGAGUCCGGUUGAUUAUGAGGUUGCUACGGCGCAGGAGGAUCUAAGGUACUAUCGCACGCUACUACGGAUCCUGUUCUUGGCGAUUCGACCGCAUGGACUUCUACCUUUGCCGAAGCUGGACGGUGGAAGACUUGUCUCACUCUCGGCAGAGGUUGCGAGCGUAAUGGUUGAGAUCGUUGGCAAGACUAUUGCGCCUGGGUUUCGAGCUCUGUGCGGAAACCUGCAUGGCGAUAUUUCUAUGGCUUUGCCAGCUGACUUCGCUCUCAUUACCGCUCUACUGCAAGCUGUGCUCUCGGUCAACGGUGUCGGCAUUGCACAUGCGCAGCUCGCGGAAGCAGUGGCGAACUCAAGUCUGGUCCGCAGCGCCUUGAGUCUCUAUAGCUGGGCCGAUCAGCUCGGCGAGCUCACCAUGGAGCAGGAUCCCAUCUACGGCGAAACGGCCAUGAACACCCUGGUCCAGCUCUCGACAAUACCACCGAUCGCAGAGCAGAUGGCCAUGCAAGGUAUCUUGCUCUCAAUCUCCAGCACCAAUCUAUCGAACUAUUUCCGCAAACCCGCCGGAAAAGGCCCGUGGGAUGAGCCGGGGAGAAUGUUCACGAUCUGGAGCGAAGGUAUCCUCCCGCUCUGCUUGAACUUGCUCGAGGCUGUAGGCGCACCGUUGGCCGCGGAAGUCAGUGUCUUCCUCAAUGGGUUCGCGGAACAGCUACUACGAGCAGAGAGGGCCUUCCGAACUAGCGGAGGUAGAAGACAACAUCCGCAUAGUGGCGACGUUACACUAGGACUGGUGAAGGAGGCAUAUGCACUCGUACACAUUGGCCUCACGCUGAAAGCAGAUCUUGCUCGUGCGGCAGCUGAAGGACUGAGCGCGGCCGAGAUCCCGGUAUUGAACUAUGAUCUUGAGAGCGUGAGGCAGGAAGUUGCGGGUCUGGCUAGGACGCAAAGGAGUUUGGCGGAUAAGAUUGUGCCUUCUAAUGCUAGAGAGGAGGGUAUGGGAGCAGAGGCUUUGCAGGGGCCGGUGCUAGCGGAGAUACAUGCUGUUAUGAGGUGUUUUGGCGAUGGGGUGGAGUGA